AUGAAUGACAAAUCAUUUGAUCGCGUGGUACAAUUACGUCUCACUGGUUGUAGAAACUGCACAUCCUUGGGAAUGCUUGGUCAACUAUCACGUCUGAGGAAGCUUUACAUUUCACAAAUGAGGUCAGUCACCAUCAUCAGUUCAGACUUUUACACUAGUAACCCUGAAUCUACUCAUCAGGACCAACAGCCAUUUAAGGCACUUCUGACUUUGAGUUUUGAGGAUAUGCCAAACUGGAAAGUUUGGGAGAAUGUAAAGGUGCAUGGUGGAUCUCUAUUCCCUAAGCUGGAGCUACUUUAUGUUGUAAACUGUCCCCAACUAGCCACUUGGCCACCCUAA